CGGGAAACUUUACACCAUAGAGGUAAUGAAGAGGAGGUUACUGAAGAGAAAGGACAUCGACCACGCAUGGACGGAGCAUCGCGUGUUUGAAAAAACGCGUGACUGUCCGUUCCUAGUGCAGCUGCACUACGCGUUUCUGUCGAAUGAACGCCUGCAUCUCGUAAUGGAUUACGUCGCAGGAAAAGACUUCAUUGAACUGCUGGUGCAGCGAGGAUGGCUUACAGAGAAUGAAGCAAGAUUCUUCUCUGCCGAAGUCAUCUUGGCCCUCCAGCACCUGCACGAGGUAGGCAACCAGCACUCCCACUGAACAGCAUAAUAAGGAGGACGGGGCCACAAGACAUAAAAGUAAUUGGCUU